AUGGAAAGUGAAUAUAAUAAUCAAUUACAUUUUGAACAAAAAAAUUAUUUUCUUCGUUUUAAAUUAAAUGAAAAUUUAAAUGGAAAAUUUUAUCAUAUUAACAAACAUAUUCGUCAUGCAUUGGAAUAUUUUGUUGAUGAUUUAAAACAUGAUCAAAAUACAACUAUUGAUCAUUUUCUUAAUCAACAAUCUGUUAAGGAGAUUUUUCUAUGUAUUGCACAAUUAUUAUUAUGUGAGGAUGAUCGUAUUUGUGGUAAUUGUGCUUAUAUCAUAGGUAGUAUAGUUGAAAUGGAAAAAGGUUUGAAACAAUUUUUAUCUACAUUUGCUGAUGAUUAUAUAUCAACAAUAGUUGAUAUUAUACAAAUAUUAUGUCAAAUGUUAACACAUUCAGAUUCUGAUUGUGUAUUAAAUGCAACAGGGACACUCGGUACUAUAUCUGGUUCAAAAGAAGGACGUAAUUUAAUUUUAAAACAUAUUUGUGUUACUCAGUUGAUUUUUAAUAUAUCAACAUUAUUAAAUUCAACUAAUUCAUGGAUUGCUAGUAAUGCAGCAUUAGUAUUUGCAAGAUUAACUGUAGAAGAAGUUGGUUGUCAAAUAAUUUUAACACAUAAUAAACAUAAUGAAAUAUUAAAUCAACUUUUAUCUGCACUUGAUGUUAAUGAUUCUAAUCGUUCAACAAAUAUUGCAUUUGCUAUAGCACGUUUAAUUGAAAGAGAAAGUGGUAAGAAAAUUUUAAUUAAUGAUUGUGGACAAAAUAAAUUUUUUGAAGCAUUAUUAAUAAUGCUUGAAAUAAAUGAAGAUAAAGGUAUUAAUAAAAAUGCUUGUUAUGCAUUAAGUUGUUUAUGUACAAGUCAAUAUGGUUUUCAAUUAUGUAUACAAUCAAUAACAUUAUUUCAUCGAAUACUUAUUGCUAUUGAAACAAUACUUUUAUCAAUGGAACAUGAAACUGUUUGGUUUGCUUUAAUGUGUCUUACAACAAUUGCUAAACAUAUUGGUGCAUAUGAACAUUUAUGUUAUUCAAAAAAAUUAUUAGGAAUAAUAAAACAAGUACAAGAAAAAUGGAUUGAUUUUAAAGAUAUACAAGAUGAAUCGAAAUUACUUUGGUUUAUGUUACAAAAAAAUAUUAAACCAAAUCGACCUAAAAUUGAUGAAUGUCGAGAAACUUCUGUUGAUAUUUCUUGGGAUUCAUAUAUAUCAAUUGACGAUGAAAAUAAAAUACAAUAUCGUGUUAUAUUAGGUAAAAUUUUAAUUUUUUUUGGUCUUUCUAUUCAAAUAUUUCAAUUUGAUUAUUUAAAAGAUGAUGUUCCUAUUAUAAAAACAAAUAAAACAAAUUAUUCUAUAAAUAAUUUAAAAUCGAAUACAAUUUAUAAUGUAAAAAUUCAAUAUAUAACAACACAAGGUGAAAGUAUUCCUAGUGAUCCAACUGUAUUUCAGACGGAUGAUGAAUUACCACCACCGGUCAUUAAUCUUCAUGUUGUCCGUACAACAAUGACAGCUGUUCGUAUAGCUUGGGAAUCACCUAAUCUUAGUGCUUGUAAUUCAUUCAAAGGUUAUCAAAUAUAUUUAAAUGAUAUUGAAUAUGAAUUUACUGAUCAAUGUGAAAUUACAAUUAAUUCAUUGACAAUUAAUACAAAAUAUAAAAUCGAUGUAUGUGCAGUAACUAUGAAAGGAAAAGGAUUAUGUAUUUCAAUCAAUGUAAAAACUGAUGGUGUUGGUGAUUGUCUUCCAGAACCACCAACAUUUUCAGUUAUUGGUCGACGUGAUUUACAUAUAAAAUGGCAAACACCAGAAUUUAUAUCUGGUCGAUUAUUUCGCUAUGAACUUAUUUGUAAUGGUCGAUGUAUUUAUUCUGGUAUAGAACUCGAAUAUCAUGCAACAAAACUUAAAUCUAAUACAGAAUAUAUAAUAGAACUUGUUGUAAUUACUAAUGAAGGUCGUUUUCGUAGUCGACCAGCAAAAAUUCGAACAUUAAAAGAUGAAUUUCAAAGUACUGUUCGUCAUUCACUUUAUGAACGACCAACACAAAGUCCAAUUAAAUUUAAACGUGCAAAUACAGUUGUUUCACGAAAACUCUCACCAAAUAUGGAACGACGUAUAACAAAAGAAAUGCCUGUUAUAAAUCAAAAUGUACAAAUUACUACUGUUCGUUCUGUACAAUUGAAAUCAGACAUUCCAUCAUAUAGUCGAGCAUUACCUGGUCUAUGUCGAAAUGUACAAUCACGUCCUAGUCAUAGUCGAGGUUUGUAUCGAUCUAAAACAGAUUUAUCUUUACAACAAAUAACAGCAACUGUAAUUGUUCCUACAUUUGAAAUUAAUCAUCAUCCACAAAACAAUUAUUUAAAACGACCAAAAUCCUAUCGAUAUCCUUUAACUACAAAAUCACUUGAACAUUCACCAUCAAUUUCAUUAAAUGAUUCAACAUAUGGUUUACGACGAAUUAGUUGA